AUGUCACCGCGUAAACAACCGAGUAGCUUAUUCAAAUUAUGUGUAAGAACCUCCCUAAAUUUAAUUAAUGAAUGUUGUUUUAUAAUCGAAAAAAAUUAUGCUGAUAUAGAAUGUAGAGAAUCCGAAAAGCACAUUAUUUUACUGAAGGAAUAUCUAGUGUCAUUGCUUCCUACAAGAUUGUUUGAUAUACUUUGUUUGGAAAGAGGAUGCUAUCGAUAUCGCGGUGACCCUAGAAUACAACUCAAUGUUCUUAUUCAUCCUAGUAUGUCAAUCUUCCGCAAAAGUGAUCUUGACAAUGGUAUUCCCCAAACUUUCUGGGUUCAAGUUAUGCCACGGUUUACACAUUUGGUUGUCCUUGAUUUAAAAUUCAUCUGUACAGAUGAAAUCCUAGAAUUGAUUGGCUCAAAAUGUCUUCUACUUGAAGAGCUAAACAUAGUUUCCCGAGUAGAUAUUUGUAAAUCUCUAAUUAAUGCAUCUGUCCUCAUUAGGAAUGUGUCAGAUUCUGGAUUGGCUUAUAUAUCAAAUCUUAAAAAUUUGCGCAUAUUAGCAAUGGAUCCUCCUCGUAAUGAAAGAGCUAGUCGAGUAGGUAGAUGUGUCUCCCAAGCUGGUAUUAUUAUGCUUAUCAGUGAACUUCCCUAUCUUGAGGAAUUGAGAAUAGAAUCAUGUGAUAUAGGUUCAACAUUAAUAAAUACAGAUGUCAGCAUUGGACCACUCAGCUUAAGGAAAAUCAACUGUCAUUUUGCAUCAGCUGAGGGUAUGCGGAAACUUGUAAAAAUUUGUCCACAUUUAAAAGAAUUGUCCAUUACACAUUUGUCUGCAAACAACAAGGAUGCAAUACUGGAAGAAAUAGCAUUAAGUGACUUAAGGUUAAGUAAGUUAGACAUGUCAUUUUUUUCUCACAGUGAUUCAUUGCAUCGCCUUUUGGAGGUAAAAGGAAGUUAUCUAACACAUUUUUCUCUAUGGGAGAUUGAUCACUCAUUAAGUUUAGAUGAAGUCAUUAACUUAGGUACGAGUUGUCCAAAUCUCACAUCUCUUUGUCUAAUAACUCAGUCCAACUACCUUUCAAUUCCAAGAUUUUUCCGCCAACCAAAAAAUAUAUUUCGGCAACUUGAAGUAUUGACAUUGGGAAAUGAACGCUUUAGUAUUGAAGAUAUUUUAGUUUUUUUUCUAGAAUGUACACUGUGCUUACGGAAGUUAACUUUAAAAUUUCAAACAAAAUUAUCAAUUGAUAAUACACUUAUAUAUAUCUUACAAAAGGGAUAUUUUAAACAUUUACGUAGUUUAUGGUUGGAUUGUACAUUGGAAGUAUCAAAGGAUGUGGUAAAACAAGUUAUACAGGGUUGUGAGAUGUUGCAACUAUUCACUGUAGACUUUACGGAGGACAUGAGUGAUGUACACAAAUACAUAGCCGAUAAUAACCUAGACUUAAAACUGGGUGGCUAUUAA